AUUUCGCUCUCGCGCUCAAAUAAAUCAGCUGUUCGCUUAGUUAUGUUCUUUACGUUUUCUAAUACAAAUGUUAAUUUAGUAGCAGAGUAAAGCAUUUAAAACUUGUAGAUAGAACGGAAACGUCUGGCCGCAAAAUUGAAGCAAGUAUUGAUUCUAGUUAACAGCAUGGAGUCGGAAUUUAAGGACAAUGGUAGUGCCAGUAGCAGCACCGGGGGCAAUGUGGAUCUCAAUCUUAAUCAGCGUUAUCGACAUGCUGGCGAUCUGACUGGAGAACCUUCAACGCGUCCCUUUUCCGAGAUUACCAUUAAGGUGCCCUGGGGUCACAUUGCGGGCAAAUGGUUUGGGCCACAAAAUGUGCAGCCCAUAUUGGGUCUACAUGGCUGGCAAGAUAAUGCGGGCACAUAUGAUUUGCUGGUACCCUUGCUAUCGCCGGACGUGGCCUUUUUGUCUAUCGACUUGCCUGGUCAUGGACUGUCUUCGCGUUUGCCAGAUGGUUGCUAUUAUAAUUCGGUGGAUAAUCUCUAUGUGAUAAGGCUUAUCAUGAAGCAAUACAAAUGGGAGAAGGUGUCACUUGUUGGCCAUUCUAUGUCGUCCAUCAUUUGCUUUGUGUUUGCAGCCGUCUUUCCCGAUAAGGUCGAUAUGAUAAUUGGCAUCGAUGCAUUGAAGCCACAUCAGCGUCCCUAUCCAUCGGUCAUACGCACCAUGGAGACCCGUUUGGAUGAAUUUCUACGCGAGGAUGAACGUAAUCGCAGCAAAAACGAACCGCCCAGCUAUACAUACGAUGAACUCAUCGAGCGCGUCUACAUCGGCACCUUUCACUCCGUUAAUAAGGAGCUCUGCAAGCAUAUGUUGGCCCGGAACAUCCAAAAGUCCGGCAAAUAUCCGGAUAAAUACUUCUUCUGUCGCGAUCGUCGGCUGAAGUUCUAUAAUUAUGCGAUUGGAUCGCAGGAACUGUGCGUUGAAAUGGCCCAGCGUAUUACAUGUCCCUAUCUGUUUAUUAAGGGCUCACAGUCAUCAUAUUUUGAGGACAAGAAGUACUAUGAUGAAGUAAUGGAUGUGCUGUUAAAGAAAUCCAACUUUGAAUACCUAGAGGCUAAUGGCACCCAUCAUCUGCACAUUAACAAUCCGGAGGCCAUUAUUGGUCCGGUCAACAACUUCAUACAACGUUUUGGGCCAGCUGCCGCUGCCGCAGAGCGUCGAAAGGCCAAGGAGGCUGCUGAAAGCAAGCUGUAAAUAUCAUUCACAACAACAACUGCUACAAAAUUCAGUAUAAACCUUAGUCAAAAGGGGAACAUAUUUAUUGUUGCAUCAACGAUUCUGGGUAUCGAUGCAACAACUCUUAUUUUUAUAUACUUAAUUGUUGAUUUUACUGUUAAAGGGCAGAGUCUGUUUCUCUGUCACAAAUAUACACUGUGCAAAUAUAUACCUUUAAAAAUAUUUUACAUACGUAUAUACCAAAAGGUUGUUCGCUUCAAUUAGUGUCUUGAAGGAUAACAAGGAACUGGUUAUAUGUACAUUCGCUCAGCGCUGAGUUGACGCUGUUAACCUUUUAAGAUUUUUUAUACCUUAAAAUAUUGCUAAUAUAGGAAAAGAGUACUCGAUA